UGGGAAACCUCACUAGCAGGGGCGCUUGGGCUCAGGAAUGAAGCCAGAGGGCAGGGCUGGAGGAAUCACUUAUAUGCAGCCACCUCAAGAGUGUCUCACCUAAGGCCAGACCUCCCUCAAAAGAGCCACCUGAGGAAGACGAUGAUGGCAGGGAUGCAGGUCCCGUAUACACGGAACGUGUCCUUGUGCAUCGGUUCUUCAGUGACCAUUAGAGGGGCACCUGCCAAUUGUUUCAGAAAGGACCCACAGCUGCAGGUGGAUUUCCACACGGGCACCAGUGAGAAGUCUGACAUCGCCUUCCAUUUGCGCGUAUACUUUGGCCAUUGUGUGGUCAUGAACAGCCUUCGGUGUGGGGGCUGGGAUUGCGAGGUGAAAUAUUCCCACACGCCCUUCACAGAGUGCCAACAUUUUGAACUGUGCAUCAUGGUGCUGCACAAUGAGUACCAGGUCGUGAUAAACGGCCAGCACUGUUACAGCUUUGCCCACCGAGUCCACCCAGCAUCUGUGAGGAUGAUUCAGGUGUGGAGAGAUGUCUACCUGACCUCAGUGGACGUCCGCUAGGGGACAGGGGUGUCCAGACAUGCCAUGAUCCAGGAGUCCCCUCUCUCUGCGUGACCUAUGGAUUCCCAAAGCCAACACGAUGCUCCUCCUCAUCUCCUUGGCUAUACUUGCUCAUUAAAAUGUUACCAAACUU